GGCCCUGCAGCCAAGCCAGCCGGCUGCCUGCUCCUCCGGAGCCUCAACAUCAGCGUGGGAGGGGAGAGGUCUCCUGGCAGCCACCAUGAAGGGCGUGCAGCUGUUCUGCUGCUGUGUGGCUCCGCUCCUGCUCCUUGGAACGGCAGAACUGCAAGUUUCUGCCCCGGAUGGCACGGAAGAGGCUGCCAGCUUGGCCGAGGGCCACUUGUUGUCUGGAGACCCAAGCCUAGCCCAGAAGGAGGGGAUGCUCUGUGGCGACGCUGCUCAGCUUCCUGGAAAGGGAUUCCUCCUCCAGCAUUCAGUUAGCCACCAGGACGCACGCGGAGAGCCCCGUGCCCAGGAUGAUGUUGCAGAAGAGGAGGAAGCAGAAGGUGCCCUUGCCACAGAGGGAGCUCCCAAAUCUCAGGAGAAUGAGCAGGAAGGUAUAAAUGCAGGUGGGGCCCAGUGGCGUCCAGGGCACAGCAGAGCCACCACCCCAGGAAGAAGCGUGGAGUCCUCAGAGGCCAGAGAGGAACCAUCUCCUCAGGGGACUCAGAGCACCCAAGCUGCACAUUUGGGUGAAGAUAUGGGAGGCUUAUACGUCGGCCCCACCACAAGGAACCCACUGGAGGCGCUGGACGUAACCCUGCAGGACAUGGAAGAAACGGAACGGGAGGAGGUUGUAAAGUCUCUGGAGGAAGGAGAAGAGGAAGGUUCUAGAGAGGAAGGGGGAAGCCGCUUGAGCAAGAGAGUGGCAGGAAGUAGACCAAUGGAGGAUUCUGGGGUAUUUGAGGCAGUAGAGUCUGAUGGGAAUGAUGAAGAAGAAGUUGUCAUCAUGGCAAGGGAGUUCCUGGCAGCCUUGGCCAGUGAUGUGAAAGAUGCUGAGGAGGAAGAAGGAACAGAAGGGGAGAGUGUCCGUUUGGCAGGAGGAGAGAUUUCUCAUAAGGAGGAAGAGGAGGAGGACAAUGACGACCUUGCCGUUGAGGCUGGAGAAGAUGGGCAAGACCCACCCAGCCUGAACCCACCGGCUCCUGGGGGCCCCCACCAGCCUCAAGCGGAUGACUCCAGUGAAGCUGGCUUGACUAGCAACGGGGACGCUCUUCCCAGAGGUGGCGGGACCCCUUCUGAUGAUGCCAGUCCAGCCCUGGCUGGGGACCCUCUGACCAAAGCAGCCAUCCCAGGAGCCGAUGCUGCCACUCAGCUCACCCGAAGAGAGGAAGCAGAGGAUGCCAAGGCCGCCUUGAGGGAUCGUUCCCACAUUGACAGCACCUUGAAACUGAAGGAGGACAAACCAGUCGAUGACUACUCAGGGGUUCUUGGCUACCUGUGAAGAAUCUACUACAUCACAUCAGACAAGCCCUUGGAACAGUCUUACAGAUACACAAUGAGCUGGCAGCAUGAGUGAUCCACGGCUUACCCUGGACGCACCUUGGCCUCUUCAGCCACAGAUGGAGAAAUCACUUCCAAGCCGAUGGUGUUGUUCCUGGGGCCAUGGAGCGUUGGCAAAUCCACCAUGAUCAACUAUCUUUUGGGACUGGAUGAUACCCCUUACCAGCUUUAUACAGGAGCUGAACCCACCACCUCCGAGUUCACAGUCAUCAUGCACGGCCCCAAGCUCAAGACCAUCGAAGGCAUCGUCAUGGCCGCUGACAGCGCUCGCUCCUUCUCGCCGCUGGAGAAGUUUGGACAGAACUUUCUGGAGAAGCUGAUUGGUAUUGAGGUCCCUCAUAAGCUUUUGGAGAGAGUGACCUUUGUGGAUACUCCUGGGAUCAUCGAGAACCGGAAGCAGCAAGAACGAGGCUACCCAUUCAAUGACGUCUGCCAGUGGUUUAUUGACAGAGCUGACCUCAUUUUCGUAGUAUUUGACCCCACAAAGUUGGACGUGGGGCUGGAGCUGGAGAUGCUCUUCCGCCAGUUGAAGGGCCGUGAAUCUCAGAUCAGAAUCAUUCUGAACAAGGCUGACAGCCUGGCCACUCAAGAGCUCAUGCGAGUGUAUGGGGCCUUGUUUUGGAGCCUGGCCCCACUGAUCAAUGUCACUGAGCCCCCAAGGGUUUACGUCAGCUCCUUUUGGGCUCUUGACUACCAACCAGACACGCACAGAGACCUUUUCCUGAAAGAAGAGAUCUCACUGCUAGAAGACCUCAACCAGGUGAUUGAAAACAGGCUGGAGAACAAGAUCGCCUUCAUCCGCCAGCACGCCAUUCGGGUCCGCAUCCACGCCCUCCUUGUUGACCGCUAUUUACAAACCUAUAAGGAUAAAAUGACCUUCUUCAGUGACGGAGAACUGGUGUUCAAGGACAUAGUGGAGGAUCCGGACAAAUUCUACAUCUUUAAGUCUAUUCUGGCCAAGACCAACGUCAGCAAAUUUGACCUCCCCAACCGUGAGGCUUACAAGGACUUCUUUGGGAUCAACCCCAUCAGCUCCUUCAAGCUUCUUGCUCAGCAGUGUUCUUACAUGGGAGGCUGUUUCCUGGAGAAGAUUGAGAGGGCCAUCACCCACGAGCUGCCAGACCUCUUGGGGAGCGUUGGCUUGGGGAAAAAGCCCAGUGUCCUCUCCUGUGACACGACGGGCUGUGGGGAAACUCCCAAGAACCGUUACAAGAAACAUUAACGGGCUGUUCCACACAACUGCCGGCUCCUUUGCUCCCGUUGGUGAAUGAUCUUAUGUCUUAUCUGUCCAAGAUGCCAAGGUUUGUUAACCCUUCCAAUGCCACACUAGCAAGAGCUAAUAUACAAGGAGGAGCUGGAAUCCCUGGCGGCGGCAGCAGCAGCAGCCAGGAGGCCCGGGGGGUGGGUGGGUGGGUGGGAACGCACCUGAGGAAGAGAACAACACUGUGAAUUCAUCACUUUUCAUUAUCUGUUGUUUUUAAAUGGGAGGCAAUACAUAACGCUCAGUACAAAAGGUGGGCCGUGUGUGUAGAGGGCGUGGCCUACUCUUGCAUAUUCUCAGCACUCUGGGAGAAGGCAGGCAGUGAGAUCGGACAGCCGUUGCCCUUUUACCGCCUGCUCCUGCAGCAUCUGCCUAUUGUACGUGGGGUUAAGGAGUACAGAUCCAUCACAGCCUUACUGUUCGGGCACCCUUGCCCUUCCUGAGCAUGCCCCUCCUCCCCGGCUGCAUCUUAGCCUCCCCGUGCAUCCGCUAUCCCCUGUCUCAAACAAACCUCGUCCAACCUGCUGUUUUAUUUGGGUCCAGCCCUAUCUGUCAAUACAAUUCUUUUGGAAACCUGGAUCAAAAAGGGAAAUAAGCUGGCGCAGGUAGGAGUUCAGGGGCCUUCACUAGAAGCACAUGUUAGUGAGUUCAGAUGGAUCUGAAAGGUGUGCGGACACAGGAAUCUGCUGGUGCCCAGAGGACAGUGCGACUGUCAAUUCUUCCUCAACUAGGAUGCAAUGUGUUCACAAUGUCUGUUUGCUGCUUGAGGGUCUUUGCAUCACUGGGAGCCUCCUGCUUCCCACGGUCCCGCUUGCCGGUCUGUUUUUUUCUUCCCCCCAAGCUGCUGAACUGGGGGCUAAACCCAGGCUUUAUGCCCCACUGCAGAAGACUGCUUUAGUUUUACAAUUGUCAGUCUGUGUCAUUGUUCCCUACCACCUAACUCUGCGGUCAGGUGGAAGGAGCUACUUUUUUAAAGUGAGAGCUGGUGCCAGGUUCUGCAAAGGGAAGGCACUGGCCCUCCUCUUUUGGCAGGUUACGUUGAGCUAGUGGCAGCAGGCAAACCCCUGAACGUUGCUGUGGUGAUAGGCAGUGACGGGCACGGAGGACUGGGAAGGGGGCAAGCAAAGAGCUUUCAGCUUUGUCAUAAAAGGCUUCAUAUGAACCCAGAUACAAGAAAAGGCCAGGUGAGGUAUGAUUGAACCACUGGAGAAGCUAGAAGAGAAGGAAAAAAGGCAAAUCCAAAUGACUGUGAAAUGUUGGUUGAGUUAGUUGCUUAGAGAAUAGGAAGUCUGAAAGAUGGAGAGGAACAUGCCACAAACCAGAGGAGUUUAAAAGAAUGAGGGCCAAGGCAUCAGUUACAAAGUCCAUGGGGUGGGUGACAUGUGAACUGUCAACAAACACAUUCUGGGAGUUCUCCGCUGGGAACUCAAUUCUCAGGCAUGCCUGGAGUCAGGAUUGCAGUGUGCAAGCAGAAGCUCCCACCCCCUAGCACUAUUCCCCCUUACUUGAGAUGAUAUUUCCACAAUUGACCCCUGAAGCCCUACAAGACCAGGAACAGCCCAGCUCCACUGGAGUCUCGUGGCACAUCACCAGGCGGGGUGCCUUGAGAAGCCAGGUGGAUGUUCCUGAAAAAGGGGAUGGUGGUGUUAUUUUCCUUUGCAGGAAUACUUAAGACCUCAGUUCAACGUUUGUGGGACAACAACUCUGCUGCCUUAAGCGCGGGGCUUAAGGUAAGUGGGGAAAGGCCCAUGGUUGAUGCCGUCCCUGACUUGGGAGAUGACAGCCUUGAGCAGCCAGGACAAGGUGGGCGACAGGAGGAGGCUGACUUCUGGGUCUCCAAAAUGGGCAGGCUUUGCUCUAAGAACAAAGUAGGGGCGGGGGGUUCAGAGAGAAAAAUCUGGGCACAGCUCACAAAGGAGCAAGCGAUGGGAACAGCUAAACCAUCAAAGCAGCAUCACAAGGACUUGUGUCUAGAGCACCGUAGAUGUGCGGGAAGCUUUGUGUUGCUUGAGACUUGCCUCCUCCUCCAAUUCCUCUUCCCUCCUCCGUUCUUCUCUUGUAUAUUAGCUUCUCCCUCCCACCCUGCAGGGCUUUCUCUAAAUCAGAUGACCUCUGUGAUCCUGUCUCUCUGUCUCCCUGAUAGAUGGAACAAAGACAAGCGGGGCUGCUCACAGUAGUGUGUUCAGACAGGUCCCAUAUUUUCUCCUGCUCUUCCCUCUCCCUGCUGUGUAUUUUGUUGCCUCCCUGCUGCUGGCAUUCGCAGGCCCAGACGUCCGUCCCCUUUGCUUUUUACAAAUCACAGCAUCUUGCAGAUCACACGCAAAUGAGACUGGAGGUUUUUUUUACACUCUGCAGUUUGCUGUUUUUAGGGUGCAAUUCAGGAAUCAAGAGACAAACUGGAAGCAGGUGGGGUGUCAAGUGCGCAGUGUCACAUGGGCUUUUUCUACUGACCUAUAACUUCUGGUGCUGAGGUGCACGAAGGUGUUUCAGUGAAGCUGAGAUUCCUGGAGCCACUGGUGGCAGCAAGAGAAAGGAAGCCAGUGUGUUUGGUCUGCUGUAUAAUAUUAGGUUCUGAUGGGGGUGGGGGUGGGGCUGUGUGACAGAUGGAGGGGCUGCUGGCCUGGACUCAAAAAGGGGAUUCUGCCCUGCAUGGGAGACAUCUGCCCAAUCUGUGAGGACUCUGGUAUCCUGAACUGGCCUGCGGUUCAUCAGCCCUGAUGUCACCCCACGUCCACCUUCACAAUGUGGGCUCCGGUUCUCUUUGGUGGUAUACUUGCUCCACAUUCCUGUGUCCCAGCCCCUAUGCAGUGGCUCUGGCACCAACCACAAAGAUGGCUGUUGCCAGGUCUGGAAUCACUCACUCUGGAGAAAAUGUUUCUUUUGAGCAUAUGGCUGGAGUCAUUUGAUGACCACCUAAAUUGACAAGGAAUGAGAAUCCAGCUUCUGGUGGUCUCAGCUGGGCCCUUCUCAGUCUUGGGAAACUGCAUUUUGGGAGGAGGGAUUCUGGGCACCUCUCACUGGUAAAGUUGCUAAAUCAACCCCCACCAUCCUCUGCUGCGUGCUUCUUUUGAACAGGAUUUUGGGCAGAUGUAUUUAAAGGAACUACAAAGCUGUAAAAUAUUCCUGUUAGCAAUAAUCUGUAUUUGGAGAGACCAUAAUAACACAUCAGCCAUUCUAAUAAAUUGUGAUCGGUUUUGAUCCAC